AUGGCGGCGCUCUGGGGCGGCGGCGCGGGACAUGCCGGGGCUGGAGGAACUCUUCCGCUGCGGGGGGACGCGGAGCCGACGAUGGGAAGCGGUCUCCCCUCCGCGCAGUAUUUACUAGCAGAGAAUUUACACUUGUCAUUGGAGGCAGAAACCAUCCUUGAAGCAGAGGAGCUCCUGGGAACAAUGCAAGAUUACUUAGAUUCUUCUGUCAUCUCCAUCAUUGAAGAUUUCAGCAGCCUGACUGAGACAAAAGGCCGCACAGAUGCAGACAAUGAGCUUUCCUUGUUAACUGCAAUCACGGAGAUUCUGGACAGCACAGAUGAUGAGUCUCUGUCUCCUUUUGACACUAUUCCUGAUUCUGAAUUGCUGACAUCACCCAAAGAGCAUGAUAAUUCUUCGUUUCAGAGGUUUCUCAGCUUGUCCAGGACCCCUCCUAAACAGGACUUCUGCUCCAUAGAGGAUUUUGAAGAGCCUAGAAUUUGUACCAUUGUGACUGAGAAGGUUGAAGCCUGUGCUACCAGCCUCCCCUUGGCACUGACUCCAAAUUUUCCUAAAGACAGAGCUGCUUCCAAGAAAGCUAACAGCAAAGGGCCCUAUGGGGAAUGGAGAGUGUUCCGGCACAGAGAGCGAGAGCCUCCUACACGGCAACGAAGUGAUGGAGAAGAGGAGGAGGAAGAGGAGACAACAGAUUGUGGGCAGGGUUUUGUGGCAGGUGUAAAAGAGAUCCCUGCAGCAUUGGCAACAAAGGAGGUGGAGUCAGACCUCCCCUCAAGUGAUGGUCUCUAUGUAAUUUCCCCAGAGAGCAUCUCCCUCAGUGAGCUAGUGAGGUCCAUGCAUCCUUAUUGCCAGCCUGCCGUCACUAUGUGCCUGAGUCCUAAGAGCCAGCCCCUAGCUGAGAAGCUGGUUGCUUGUCCGGUUCUUGUAGAAAUAGCGCCUGAUGGCAGGGAGAGCAUGGAGGUCCCAGUGGUCCCUCGGAAUGUGGAGACAGAGGUCUCCUGCAGAACUGACAGCAGCAGCAUAUCUGGCCAGACAAACAAAGAGACACAUCUCUUGGUCCCUUCCUUGGACAAAGUAUCCUCUACAGACAACUCCAAGACUGCAGGGCUGGAAAGAGAUUUUGCCUUGGGCAGCCAGGCCGAGGGGGCGGAUGCGGCUGUCCUCCAGAGUAGGGAACAUGCUCAUCUGGAAGCAGAGGAAGAAGCUCGGGGGUCAGCUGAGGCUGAAGAGAGCACAUCUCAGCUUGGCUCAGGAGCACCAAUAAACAGAAAGCACAGUGCCUCGGAGACAGACAAGAGAAACAGCAAUACCACAAAGAACGAGAAGAAAUGCAGCAAAAAGAAAAGGAGACACAAGGAGGCCAAGAAUGGCAGGCCUCAAAAGCAGACUGUUUCUAACCCAAGCAAUGAUGAGAAGCAGGUGGAGAAAGCUAAGGGAAGUGGUCAGGCCAAGCCUUCCCCAGAUCAAGCAUUCCAUGCAAAAGAGAAGCUGGGAACUGUAAAGGAGGAAUUAUCCAAGCCUGAGGCAGAGCUGGAGCCCCAAAGCCCACAGAUGCCAAGCUUGGAGGGUGCAGAGGCCUUGCCAGGUAUAGAGGAACGUCUGUCCACUCAGCACCAGGGGGACGCAGACAUGUUUCCUGCAGCCCAGGAAUCCAACCAAGGGAGUAAGCCUGUUUCACCUACUCAUGAGGUGGUGGGACCAGGCCCCUCCCUUUUGCUCCCCAGCAGUAUGGCAGACAUUGGAAGGGAGCCUCCUGUGAGUCUUCUCACCAGCAAGGAAUCCAGCUGUCCUCCCAAGGAGGUGAAGCCCAGACCUCUCAGCCUGAGUGAAUACCGGCAGCGCCGACUGCAGCGUCAGUUAAGGGAUGUGAGCACAAGUGGAACCACAGAGAAGCAGAGUGCCAGCAAGUGGCCCAGUCUCCCAGAACUCCCCACAGAACUGGCCGAACUGCCUUGCCUGGUGGUGCCUCCACCACCCCCCAGACCCCCCAUGCACGAAAAGCCUGCUGACACCUCCUCUACCCCUACUCCAGCUGCCACGGCAACUGCCAGUCCCCCUUCCUUGCAAACCACAGCUGCACCAGUCCUGGCUCCUUGUUUCCAGAAUGGCACCGUGGGCACUUCUCCUCUUACGGUAGCUGCCCCUGUUGUCCCUGCACAGCCUAGUAAAGCAGGUGCCUUUCCCCCUGUUGGGGCUCAGGUGCCAUCGAUGCUGCCUCCGACGUAUCUCCCGUCAGCUCCUGGGGCUUUCCUCCCAGCCCCUCCCAGCUCCUACAUCUUGGGCUCACUGCCCCCAGCGAGUCCCUGGGCUCACUUUGCCCCUCUGCCAGCUGGCUACAAAAGCAUGCCACCUCCACCUCCAGCCACCAAAGCUUGUUCUGCUGCCUUCCAUACAGUUCCUCCAGUGCCCCCUCCAACAUGGCCUCCUCCUCCUGUCCCUUUGCCCGCCAUUGGCUCUGGGCUUCCUUACAACUCCAUUGAGUGGGCUGCAGGUCCACAGCCGCCUUACUGGCCUGGUAUCCCAGUACCACCUCCAAUGUUGCCCAUCCCUUAUGGGGAUCAAAGAGUCCUCCUGCAGAGUCCCCCAGUUGGUGCCUUCCUGACACCAUCCUUCUCUGAAGAGACCCUUGGCCAGCAGACUAUCGCUCCAACACUGAAGUCCCCUCACUUCAGAAUGCAAAAUUUGACAGCCGCUGAAAAGGAAGGCCUACCUGCCCACCUACCCUGGUUGGAGCCCCCUUCGACAGCUGAAGUAGCCCCCAGAAGGCUAUCUGAUCCAAGGCGGCAAGCACAGCCUUGUGCUGUUGAGUCUAAAGCACAGGUGACUUCCAACAAAUCUCAGCCUUUGGAGAAACUGCUUUUCCCUCCACCAGUGGUUGAGCCUUUGGAAAAACCCGUGCUGCCUCAGCUUGUUAGGGAGAGCUCCAUUCUGUCGUCCUCAGAGGAGUCCCAUUCUGUGCUGCCUUCCCAGGAAGUCAAGGAUUCCACUGGCACACUGAAAUCCCUAGAAGAGCCCUGCUUUGAGCCUGUAGAGAAGGCCAUUACUCUACCUGCCACAGCUCAAGGCGCCAAAGAGACCCCUCCUCCUGCCCAGUCUCAAGAGGAACCUUCUCCCCUUCCUGCUACUUUGCUGCCUGCAAAGUUAACAAUGCUAGCUGAUGUGGACACAGAGACUCAGGAAGCUGCCCCAGUAGUUCCCAGCUUCCCAGCCACAGCAGUGCCCAAGAAAGUUCAGGAAGUUGGCAUGCUUUCCAAGGCACCCACCUCUGCACAGAAGCUACAGCCUAUCAUCGGCAUGGCACAGUGCAGCCGCAAUAAGGAUGUUGUUCGAGCAUUUAUCACUGAGAUUGGAAUUGAGGCCUCUGACCUGUCCAGCCUACUAGAGCAAUUUGAAAAGACAGAAGCCAAAGAGGGAACUUGUAAUGUGGCAAAAUCCAAGGGAAGCAUUGCUGCUGAGAACAGUAGUUCUGAGGCACAGCAGGAAAAGAAGAUGGUGGAUCGGCUUCAGGCUCCAGAGCUCACCAAUGUUGCAGGCCUGACCCCUCCAGCCACUCCACCCCACCAACUGUGGAAGCCUCUAGCAGCUGUCUCGCUUUUGGGCAAAGCGGGGUCCCCCAAAGGUUCCAGGCUUGCAAAAUCCCUAGGCAAACCUCACAGAAGAGUGCCAGCCCCUCUUCAUGUGGGCUCUGGUGAACAUGACUACUGUCAGCUCAGUGCUGUUCCUCCAAAGGAGGGCUCCCGAUGGAAUGUCAAGCACAGCACAGAGAUCACUAUAAAGCCUAUCAAGACCUUGACGAAGCCAGAGCAAGAUCAGCCUGCCACAAACCAGCCCUUGGCUGCUGCCCAAAUGAACCCUGUAGGCACUCUCAGCAUGGCUGCUGCCUGCCAGAGUCCCAAAGAGGCCCCCAGCCCUAUUGAUGCUUGUCAGGACAAGACCCAAAUCUUGAGCCCUGCUGCGGCGAGCUCAAGCCCUGCCAGAUCAGAGCCUCCACUGUUAGGGAGCACACUUACAAGGCUGCAUACAGAGCCAUUGGACCACCGGACUAGUGUAUCAAGGUCCGUGACUAGGGGCAGUGAAGGUUCCAGUUCUGUGCUGCUGUCCCCAGCUGCAUCCCCAUGCCGAGAUGCAGAAGAACCAAUGUUGCAACAACCUCAGGAAGUUCAGCAGAAGCGCCUGGCUUCCAAACGCAACUUGAGAUGCUACCGGAGCAGGCAGAAGUCAACCAGUCCCCCAAAAGGGAGCUGGAAAGGCCGCCGAAAUCGUGCCAGCCGAUCCUUCAGCUCCAGCUCUGAUGGUGAUAGUGACUCUUCUUCCUCUUCCUCCUCCUCCUCCUCCUCCACCUCCUCCUCCUCAAGGUCAUACUCCCGGUCUCUGUCUCCCCCAUCAAAACGCUGGCGAAGAUACCGCUCAAGAAGCUCCCGCUCCUCUUCCUCUUCAAGUGCAUGGAGCCGGUCAAGGAGCAGAUCUCAGUCAUCUUCAGGUUCCUCCUAUUUAUCAAAGUCAUCUUCACGGUCCCGAUCUCAGCACAGGAGGAGCUCCUGUAGGAAAAGAUAUGACUCCAGCAGUUCCCGGGAUCGUUAUCAAAGGCAGAAAAUCCAAUACAAAGAACGUGCAAUAGAGGAACGCCGUGUUGUCUUCAUUGGGAAGAUCCCUAACAGGAUGACCCGUUCAGAACUUCGGCACCGUUUCUCUGUGUUUGGAGACAUUGAGGACUGCACACUGCACUUCCGAGAACAGGGGGAUAACUAUGGUUUUGUGACAUACCGCUAUGCUGAGGAGGCCUUUGCUGCCAUAGACGGUGGACAUGCACUGCAUCAUCCUGAUGAACAACCCUUUGAUUUGUGCUUUGGAGGGCGUCGGCAAUUCUGCAAAAAGAACUAUGCUGAUUUGGAUUCUAACAGAGAAGACUUCGAGCCUGCCCCUAUGAAGAACAAAUUUGAUUCCCUUGAUUUUGACACCUUACUAAAGCAGGCUCAGCGGAGUCUGCAGAGGUAACGCUGGCUGUCCUGGGCUCAGUCUGCCCAGUAGGCAUCUGCCUACACCAGCCUUACCUCAGACUGGCUGUGGGGGCAAGCGCCCUCUUAAGCCUAGCUGCUAUGUCCAGCGUGGUUUUGUAAUGAAAUGCAAAAAACCCACAAACAAUUUUUAUCUUGAUUUUGUUUUUCUAGGGACUAUUUAAGGGGAAGGGCAUUUGAGGAUGGAAUGACAAUACCCAGCCACCUUCUUCCCAUUUAAUCACUAUGCAGACAAUAAACAUUCACCAUAGA